GGAUAAUGCACCUUCAAACCGCGUCCCAGAUUUGAGGUCAGCUCAGUUCAGCUCCCUAAUGCAAUGCCACCCUACAUAUAGUAAUCAGCAUCUCCACCAGGAUCAGUCCGUGCUAUUCUGAGUCGAGCUGUUGGGGUUAUUUGAGCCGCUCCCCUCGCCGUCCUGGCCCCGGAGUGAUCUGGGCUGUUGCUUUUGCUGCUGUUGCUGCUGUUGCUGCGCUACCAUGAGUAGCUCUGCUUUGCAAUAUGGCGAAUAGCACCAUUAUCCCGGCCAUGGAGCCGCCUCCUGGCCAGGUUUCCAACUUCGUCGAUCCGCCCUACUGCGGCGCCAAGUUUGUCGUGGUGAAUUGUGUGUUUCUCCCCAUAGCGCUGAUAGCGCUGAUAGUGCGCACCUGGACGCGUGUGGUUGUUGUGCGCAGUGUAUCCUGGGAUGACUACUUGAUGAUCUUCGCAGCGAUCUUGUCGACGGUUAUGACUGGAGUCACUCUGAAGAUGCUCGAUUUUGGCUUGGGCAAGCAUAUGUGGGACGUGCCCAUGGAUCAUCUGACCCCUUGGUUUCUUAAGUUCAACGUCGUCGCGGCCAUCAUCUACUGCGCGGGGACAGGGUUCACCAAAGUCUCCGUCUGCGUUUUCUACCUGCGCAUCUUCCCCAGUCAUGGCUUCCGCUUAGCCGUGUGGUCGAUCGUUUUCAUCGCGGUGGGCUACAAUGUGGCCAGUGUGCUGGCCAAUGUGUUUAGCUGUUCGCCGAUCGCGGCAGCGUGGGACUUGAAAUUGCCGGCGAACUGCAUGAACAGGCCGGUGUUUUAUUUUGCCAAUGCGGGACUGGGAAUUUUUACUGAUUUUGCGACGGUGUUGGUGCCGAUUCCGUGGUUGCGGCGAUUGCAGAUGCCGGCGCGACAAAAGGUCGCUGUCGGGUCUAUGCUGGCGAUGGGCUGCUCGGUCGGUAUCGUGAGUUGUAUCCGACUGGCAAGUCUAUAUGUUCUAAUGAACAGCACCGACCUAACCUGGGCCACAACCAACGCCUUGUUAUGGUGCACAAUUGAAUUAAACUUGGGUAUCACCGGUGGCUGCAUGACAGCCAUGCGCCCGUUUGUGCGACGAUACUUCCCCAGGCUGCUGGGCCUGUCGUCCUACGCAUACGGCCAAUCAGGAUCACGAAAGUAUGGCCAUCCAUUGAAUUCGAUUCCGCGCGACCAGCCCGACUUCAAUAACAACAGUCGGCAAUACUCGACGCGAUUGCAAGGGGGCACCGACAAUGCAAGCGAGGAGCACAUUCUGCCGGCCAAAGCGUGUGAAGGGGAAGACGGGAUCCUCCGCACAGUGGAGUUCAACGUGGUAGACACCAGACAUGCUGGAGCAUAAUUUCUUUCUAGUUUCCUUUGUAUACACGAGUUAUAGACAUAAUGCGACCGUUAAAGAUCCAUAAUGUGAACAGGAAACCCUCUCAUCCGAUCUGGUCUGGUCUGGAAUGAUUGUCGGGAGCAUCGGUGGAAAAGUUCUCCUAGUGUUGCGGACUAAAGCCUCACUAACCCUCACUAAACCACCACUAACGUCUCCACUACCCUCUUAACUAGUCUGCUCUCGGG